AUGACUUCCGGGGAAUCCCCUUCAGAGUCACGGUUUUUCGGCAAAGAUCUGCAUGCGCUUGCAGACCCCCAGCGGUCAUACGAUACCCCUCUUGCUGCUAUUGUACAUCUCGACCUUGACGCAUUCUAUGCUCAGUGCGAGCAGGUACGUCUCGGGCUCCCCAAACUCGCGCCUGUUGUAUGUCAGCAGUGGCAAGGCAUUAUUGCUGUGAGCUACGGUGCUCGCCGUUAUGGAAUUUCUCGUCACGAAACGAUUACUUCUGCACGACUUAAGUGUCCUAAGCUCAUAGCUGCACACGUUGCUACGUUUGCGCGCGGCGCAACUCACUGGGAGUAUGCAGACCCUGCAACUUCCUCUCCUGGAUUAUACCCACCGGCUAAAGAAACUCACAAGGUAUCACUGGACCCGUACCGGCGUGAAAGCAGAAAGAUUUUUGAGAUUCUGCGGAGAACAGUAAGUGUUUUGGAAAAGGCUAGCAUUGAUGAAACGUAUAUGGAUCUCGGUGCGUUAGUUUACGCAGAAUUGUUAGAAAAAUUUCCUGGGCUCGCAGAUUUAGGGCCAGAUGAUAAGUUACCUGAAAUUGUGUCAAUGGAGAGAUUAAAAACUGUUGGGUUGCAAUGGGAAGGAAGAGUGUUGGGGAGCUGUGGAGAUGAAUACCAAGGGGAUCCCAUUGGCCUAGAUCUUUAUGAGGAAGAUAAUAAUGAAAAAAAUGAAGACGAAAACAAAACAAAAAUAGAAGAUAGUGAAAAAAAACAAGCUGAAUACGAGAAAAAGUUCGAAGAUGAAGAUGAAGAUGAAGAUGAAGAUGAAGAUGAAGAUGAAGAUGAAAAGGUCAAAAAUAUUAACGAGAAUAAAGAAACUCAAACACGCCAUAAAGAUAUCCCUCUUGAAGUUACUGAUUGGGAUGAUGUUGUUCUUAUGAUAUCCAGUACUAUUCUUAAAAAACUACGGCAUACUAUUCUUAACGAACUCGGAUUCACAUGCUCCGCAGGCAUUGCGCGAACCAAGGUUUUGGCUAAACUUGCAUCUGGAACGCUAAAACCAGCUACCCAAAAUGUUGUGCGAUCUGCUGCAAUUAUAUCUUUUCUUUCACGCUUUGAAAUCACUGAGAUUGGUGGACUUGGCGGGAAGCUGGGAGAACACAUAAAGACCGCAUUACGACUUCCUCCGACCGGAUCAAUUGCAUUUAUUGACGCGAUGCCGCGUGAAGAGAUGCUUGAAAGACUAAGCCCUCAACUCACAAAACGGCUCAAAAGUCUUGCACGCGGUGAAGAAUACGCACACGUAAAUACCCGUACCGAUGUCAAGUCCAUGUCUUCGGUCAAAAACUUCACAUACUUUCCAUUGUCCAACUCUGGGAAGGCGAUUGAAUGGCUCAAGGUUUAUUCUGCAGAUUUGGCUGGCCGAGUGGUUGAACUUUCUGAAGAAUCUUUACACAAGAGUAAUUCUAGUAAAAAAAUGCCUUUAUCAUUCUAUCCGCGAACCAUUUCGCUGGGGUUUAAAAGUAAGGGCAUGUCGCGUGCACAAAAUAAACAAGCUCCGUUUCCUGUGGGUGCAACAGUUGCAACUAUUCGUGACCAACUGUUUGAGAUGGGACGCAACAUUCUUAGGGAGCUCGAAACAGCGCAGGAUUCAAGUAAGGUCAAGGCACGAUACCCAUGUGAAAUGUUGUCGCUGGAAAUUCACGGAUUUAUAAAUAAUUUAGUUGCAGGCUCUGGAGGAAACAUUAUGCGACCCAUUUCCUCAUUUUUUAAGCCUCGGUCCGCCGUGGAAGCUGAAAAACAUACAAGCCCAAAACGGGAGGGAAAUUUAAGCAAGAAUUCCAGUCCUUUUAAAAAACCAAAGGAACUAGAUGUACCAUUUCUAGAAGAAGAUGAGGACAAUGUUGAUGGUGGUGAUGAGACUCCAGGAAGCCCGACACCAAUUGCCAUUGUACAGAGUUCUUCCAAGAAAGGUUUAUGGGCUGAUGUGUCUUCUCAACCUGAUGUGAAUGGAAUCAUCCCAGAGACCAGAUCUGAAAAUGAAGAUAAUGAAAAUGAUAAUGAUGGAGAAGAUAAUGUAGACUGGGAUAAGCUUGAAGACCUAUUUGUGACAGCAAAUGGGGAAACUUCUACUACUAAAACAGUUGAAUGCCCUCGAUGUCAGCGUGCACUUAAACUUUCAGAUAUUAGUGAGCAUCGUGAUUGGCAUCUUGCACGAGACAUCGCUCGUGCACAGCGGUUAGGCAACACGUCAUUAUCGUCAUUUUUCAAGACAGCGCCCAAAUAUAAGGCUGUAGUGGACAAAGACAAGAGUAAAAGUACAAGUGGAUCUGAAUCUGUACAACCACAACGCUCUCUGAAGCUGACGACUAAAAAACCUACGCCAAUACCUAAAUCUAAACCGUCAUUUGUUUCCACAAGCAAGAGCAAUGGAGGGUCAAAAAGAAGUGCAAGUGGAUCUUUACAGAGUACGGCCAAACGUAUGAAAACGGAUAAAAAACAGACCUUUUUGAAAUUUUAA